AUGACGACUCAUAACUUUAAUUUAUUAUUCUUAAUCUUCACUAUUCUUGCUUGUAAAUUUCCUACUGGCAAAUGCGAUUUACCAUGCAGAGUUAGGGACGUGGGCAUUGAAGGUCGAUCGAUAGUCUGCGUCUGCGAUGCCAACUACUGCGACACCAUCACCAGGGAAGCGCCGCCGCGUCAAGUUUUCGUCGCUUACACUAGCAGCAAUGCUGGCCAACGAUUUGAAAAAAGCGUUGGAGUAGUACAACAAGAAACUACAACUGACGACAGUGAUUUUGGAAAUACACAAGAUGAAGUGUUACUCCGUGUCCUGACGUCUUCGCGGAAACAGUUCAUCGAAGGUUUCGGUGGAUCGGUCACGGACGCUGCCGGCAUAAAUUGGCGAACGCUCUCCGAUGCUGCGCAAAAACGAUUUAUCGAUACUUACUUUGGUCCAGAAGGGCUCGAGUACAAUCUUAUAAGAGUGCCCAUUGGCGGCGCGGACUUCUCAACGCACCCUUAUACAUACAACGAAUUGCCAUGGAACGACGCCGCAUUGACAAACUUCUCACUUAGCCCUGAAGACUUUUUAUACAAGUUACCUAUGAUUAAAAUGGCCGAAGCGGCAGCGACGAACCGUAUUAAGAUAACGGCGAGCACUUGGUCGCCUCCGAUCUGGAUGAAGACUAACGAGAGGAUUACGGGUUUCGGGCAAGUUAAGCCCGAGUUCUAUCAAUCUUACGCCGACUAUCACUUACGCUUUCUCGAAGAGUACGACAAGGCUGAUGUUAAAGUCUGGCGCCAUCACCACAACCAACGAACCACUGAAUGGCAUCAUACCGGGCGAUGGGUUGCGAACAACUUGGGGCCGACGAUAAGAAAUUCCCGCUUCAACGACACUUUGAUCCUGGCCGUCGACGACCAGCGGUACACCUUGUCAUUAUGGCUCAAAGGAAUGGAAAGGGAAGAUCCUAAGUCCAUCGAAUACAUCGACGGAAUAGCUGUACAUUAUUACGGAAAUUACUUGCCAGGUUCCGUUUUAACUAGAAUACAAAAUCGGUAUCCUGAUAAAAUCCUGUUAUCGACGGAAGCUUGCGAAGGUGCCAUGCCUUGGGACCUUAACAAAGUGGAGGUCGGCUCAUGGAGACGUGCUGCACGAUACAUUAAAAGUAUUUUGGAGGAUUUGAAUAACCACGUCGUCGGUUGGAUCGAUUGGAAUCUGUGCUUGGACGAAAACGGUGGUCCCAAUUGGGCGGACAACUUCGUCGACGCGCCGAUCAUAGUCUAUGGCAAUGGCGACGAGUUUAUAAAGCAGCCGAUGUUCUACGCCAUGGGACACUUCUCCAAGUUCAUCCCGCGAGGGUCCCGCGUCGUAGAAGUUUCCCGUAUGAGCUCUGCGGCCAUAGACAACGUCGCCGUCGUGACGCCAGAGGGCAACAUUGUUGUGGUACUUCAUAACACGAAAUCAUACGAACUAAAAGUCCGGAUCCGUAUAAGCAGCGACAGACGCGUGGAUCUAAUUGUGGAACCCGAAUCUGUAAAAACUGUCGAAAUCAAUAGAAGCCUU